AUGGGCUGUAAAGAAAAAAUUACAACACAUUUAUCGACUUGGCCAACAAAAUUAACAACAGUCAUGGAUAUUCAUCGAAAACGUUAUUCACAACUUAAUCCAAGAUUUAAACAACAACGUCAACAACAAACAACUACUACUACUACUCUUCUUCAACCUGUUCAAGAACCUGCUAUAUGUCCAGUUAUUCUUCCAUCAACAACACGUCUUCAACCGCGUUAUCAAGUACGUUCAAAACAAUAUGAACCAACUCAUCUUCCAUCAGCACAAACAAUUCAACGACCAAAUACAAGUUAUAAACAACAACCAGUAUUAUCAUCAGACUCUAAUCAACGAUAUAUAACAUUGGCAAAUCUAACAAAAAUUUUACAUGUUCUUCAAACACAUGCUAAACCUAAUGAUAGUGAAGCAUCAAUGAAUAUGAGUACAUCAACUACAAACAGUACGAAACAACGUGUACAACAACAUUUACAAGAAACAGCAGCACGAUGGUGGAAACCAAUUCGACCAUCUGAUAGACAAUCACCAUCAUCAGUACCUUCAUCCUUACCUGCACAUACAACAUCUACUACUACAACAACAACAACAACACAAGUGCCAUCAACAGAUGUACUUCAACAACGACAGAAUAAUCCUUCUUCAUCAUCUAUAAAUCCUUUGUCGUCUACACGACAAAUAAAUAUACCUUCCAUUAUUACUACUGAAACUUCGAGAUAUGAUGAAUCCGAAUCAUCAACAGAAAUUCAACCAUCAACAACACUAACUACAUCAAUUAUUCAACCAUCUAAAACACCUGAUGUAAAACGUAUACGACAUGAACCAUUAAUAAUGCAAACACGUGCUAUGCGUCAUUAUUCAUAUGAUCAUCAUCGUUAUUAUAAUAAUUCGAGUAGUAUCAAUUUUCUUCAACAGCAUCGUUUAAUUCGUCAAACAUAA